UGACUUAACAUGCCCACUCUAUGGUCACCUUCCUCUCAGCUCCAUGGCUCUGCCUCAGACAGCGUGUCCUCUCCAUGUCAAAAGUCUGUGGGAAGUACACAGAUGGCCUUGUCUCCUUGUUCCUCCACCAGCCUACCCUGUGACGACAGGAACUCACAGGAUACUGCAGAGUGGGAUAGUCCCUCUGUGUCAACUAAUGAAGACAGUGACUUUGAAGACAGCUCAAGACGCAAUGUGAAGAAGAGAGCAGCAAAGCGACCUCGUAGAGCUGCCCCGGUGGCAAAACAUCGGAAGAAGCGGUCCCGAAUAGUGUCUAGUUGGAAUGGCAAGAGUGAAUCAGUGCCACCAACCAGCGAUCUCUUUGAUGCUGUGAAAGCUGCCAAAAGUGACAUGCAGUCUUUGGUGGAUGAGUGGCUAGAAAACUACAAGCAAGAUGAAAAUGCAGGAUUCUUGGAACUCAUUAAUUUUUUCAUUCGUUCCUGUGGAUGUAAAAGCAUUGUAACUCCUGAGAUGUUCAAGAUGAUGUCCAACUCGGAGAUCAUACAGCACCUAACAGAACAGUUUAAUGAGGACUCAGGGGACUAUCCCCUGACAGCUUCGGGCCCAUCCUGGAAGAAGUUCCAUGGAAGCUUCUGUGAGUUUGUGAAGACACUGGUCUAUCAAUGCCAGUACAGCCUCCUCUAUGACAGCUUUCCUAUGGAUGAUCUUAUCUCCCUGCUCAUUGGCCUCUCAGAUUCCCAGGUCCGCGCCUUCCGUCAUACUAGUACCCUGGCUGCCAUGAAGCUAAUGACUUCUCUGGUAAGAGUUGCCCUCCAGUUGAGUCUGCACAAAGACAACAAUCAACGUCAGUAUGAGGCUGAACGAAACAAGGGGCCAGAACAGAGAGCACUGGAGCGACUGGAGAGUCUGCUGGAGAAACGAAAAGAGUUCCAAGAGAAUCAAGAGGAGAUAGAGGGGAUGAUGAAUGCCAUAUUCAGAGGUGUCUUUGUCCAUCGGUACAGGGAUAUACUUCCUGAGAUCCGUGCUAUCUGCAUCGAAGAGAUUGGGUGUUGGAUGCAAAGCUACAGCACCUCCUUUCUUAAUGACAGCUACCUAAAAUACAUUGGCUGGACCCUGCAUGAUAAGCACAAGGAUGUCCGCCUAAAGUGUUUGAAGGCUCUGGAAGGGCUGUACAGCAACCAGGAGCUGAGCACACGUAUGGAGCUCUUUACCAAUCGCUUCAAGGACAGGAUGGUUUCCAUGGUCAUGGACAGAGAGUGUGAAGUGGCAGUGGAGGCCAUCAGGUUGCUGACCCUUAUCUUGAAGAACAUGGAGGGAGUCCUGACCAAUGCUGACUGUGAGAAAAUCUAUUCCAUUGUGUACAUUUCUAACCGUGCCAUGGCCUCUUCUGCAGGCGAGUUUGUAUACUGGAAGAUCUUCUAUCCUGAGUGUGAGGCAAAAGCAGUGGGUGGCAGGGAGCGACGCCGGAGUCCACAAGCCCAGAGGACUUUCAUCUACCUUUUACUGGCCUUCUUUAUGGAGAGUGAGCAUCACAAUCAUGCUGCUUACUUGGUAGACAGCUUGUGGGAUUGUGCAGGGUCUUAUCUGAAGGACUGGGAGAGUCUGACAAGCCUGCUACUGCAGAAGGACCAGAAUCUAGGUGAUGUGCAGGAGAGAAUGCUGAUAGAAAUCCUUGUGUCCAGUGCCCGGCAAGCUGCAGAGGGUCAGCCACCAGUGGGGCGUAUCACAGGGAAGAAGGGUCUGACUGCCAAAGAACGCAAGCUUCAGGCUUAUGACAAGGUGAAGCUGGCUGAGCACCUCAUCCCCCUCUUGCCCCAACUCCUGGCCAAGUUCUCAGCAGAUGCAGAGAAUGUUGCUCCCCUGCUCCAUCUGCUCAGUUACUUUGACCUCAGCAUUUACUGCACUCAGCGCUUGGAGAAGCACUUGGAGCUGCUUCUGCAACAACUCCAGGAGGUAGUGGUGAAGCAUGUGGAGCCUGAGGUGCUUGAGGCUGCAGCACGAGGCCUCUAUCUGCUCUGUAAGCGGGAGUUCACCUUCUUCAGCAGAGUGGACUUUGCCCGAAGCCAACUAGUGGAUCUUCUGACUGAUAGAUUCCAGCAGGAACUUGAUGACUUAAUGCAGUCGUCCUUCCUAGAUGAGGAUGAGGUAUACAGUUUGACAGCCACUCUGAAGCGUCUCUCUGCCUUUUACAAUGCUCAUGACCUCACUCGCUGGGAGAUCUAUGAACCAUGUUCUAGACUCCUCCAGAAGGCUGUGGACACAGGAGAAGUUCCUCACCAGGUGAUUUUACCAGCCCUGAGUCUUGUAUAUUUUUCCAUUCUCUGGACAUUAACCCACAUUUCAGAGUCUACUUCCCAAAAGCAGCUGAUGAGUCUAAAGAAAAGAAUGGUAGCCUUCUGUGAACUUUGUCAGAGCUGCCUCUCAGAUGUAGACCCAGAGAUCCAGGAGCAGGCUUUUAUCUUACUGAGUGACUUGCUUCUCAUCUUCAGCCCUCAGAUGAUUGUAGGGGGACGGGAUUUCCUAAGGCCCCUUGUUUUUCCAGAAGCUACUCUCCAGUCUGAACUAGCGAGUUUCCUCAUGGAUCAUGUCUUUCUCCAGCCUGGAGAACUGGGCAAUGGUCAGUCCCAGGAGGAUCAUGUCCAGAUAGAGCUUCUGCACCAGAGGCGCCGUCUGCUUGCUGGAUUUUGCAAGCUGCUGCUCUAUGGGGUACUGGAGCUAGACGCAGCCUCAGAUGUUUUCAAACACUAUAACAAGUUCUAUGAAGACUAUGGUGACAUUAUCAAGGAAACAUUAACUCGAGCAAGACAAAUUGACCGAUGUCAAUGCUCACGGAUCCUACUUCUGAGUCUAAAGCAGCUGUACACAGAACUGAUGCAGGAGCAGGGCCCCCAGGGCCUGACGGAAUUGCCAGCCUUCAUCGAGAUGAGGGACUUGGCCCGGAGAUUUGCCUUGAGCUUUGGACCCCAGCAGCUUCACAACCGAGACCUUGUGGUCAUGCUGCACAAGGAAGGCAUCAAGUUCUCAUUGUCUGAGCUUCCUCCUGCUGGCUCUUCUCGUGAGCCACCAAAUCUUGCAUUCCUGGAGCUCCUUUCAGAGUUCUCCCCUCGCCUCUUCCAUCAGGAUAAGCAGCUGCUACUGUCCUACCUGGAAAAGUGUCUGCAGCAUGUCUCCAAGGCACGUCAUCCCUGGGGUCCAGUUACCACCUACUACCAUUCCCUCAACCCUGUAGAGAACACAGCAGAGGCCAGCCCUAAGGGACCUCCUCACUCCAAGAAGAGGCGUGUUGAAGGCCCCUGUAGGCCUCAGGGAGAAGAGCCCUCAUUCCAGGAAGAAAGCCUUCAACUGAACAGUAGCCCCCCUACACCUACCCUCACCUCCACAGCAGUGAAGAGGAGGCAAUCCCUGAGACCAGUGGGCAAGAGGCAAAAAGGUAGACCAGGACCCAGAUCAGAGCUGAUCUGCAGUCAGCAACUUUCAGGCACCCAGAAGUUCAAGAUGUCAAGUGCACAUUAUUUCCAGAUUCAGUGUGAUCCUUCAGGCUCUGGUUUGGGCAAGCAGCUGACCCGACUCAGCCUUAUGGAAGAGGAUGAAGAAGAAGAGCUAGGACUUCUAGAUGGAUCAAGUGAAGAAUGGCAAGGUGGAGACAAGCUACUUCAUAGUCCUUCUCCCAGUGAGCAUGGGCUGGACCUAUUAGAUACUACAGAGCUGAACAUGGAGGAUUUCUGAUGGAACUUUGGGCCCUUCUGCUUCUCCACUUCCCACUUCAAGGCCAUGAGUAAGCAGAAGGAAGGAGUACAAUGAAG